AACAACAAUACAAAUGUCAAAUCGUAACAUAAAAGCAAAAAUUAUUUUUACCAAAAUUGAAAUUAAAAUAGAUAUCACCUACCAAUAUGACGAAAACUAGUCAUAAAAAGAAUAGGCCAUUCGAUUUCAAGCUGAUCGAUCUAGUAGAACCACAUCCAAUUUUAUAUUUGCGGCAAAUUCCCGGAAUGUCCACGUUCGAAAUGAUGAAAACAAAAAGUACUUUGUGGCAAGAAAUAGCUGAAGAAAUGGGAUUUCCAGUACAAUUUUGUCUAAAUCGUUGGAAUAACCUAAGAGGCCAGUUUCAGAAAGAGCUAAAACACAGUAACGAACUUUGUCCCAAAAGUGGUUUGAUACGAGGAUCCACUUGGCCCUAUCUAACUAGAUUGAGAUUCUUGGAAUCUACUGUACAGUCCAAUAAGCCCAAAAAAGAGAAAUUAAGUAAACGUAAAUUGAAAGAAUUGGAAGAAAUGGAACAAGAAUCUGUGUGGAAAUCAGACGACUCCGAUUCUAGACAUAUUGAUGAGCAAGACAAUGACUAUAAUAUAGACGAUUUAACUGAUACAGUGCAAAAUUCCAAUGUAAUAGAAGAAACUUACAUAGGUGAUGAGGACUACUCGAUUAUAGAAGAAAUUGCUGAGGAAGUUGUUGGUACAGAAGCUAUUGAACAAACCGAGAAUUUCGCCUUAAAUAAUACCAUUGAAAAUUAUCGCAAAAUGCAAACACUACUAUCUAAUUUUGAGGAGGAUUCAUUACAGACCAUUGAAAGGCGUUUAAUGGCAUUUCUGUGUAAAUGUCAAUUAAGAGCUUUAAGUGAACAAACUAUAGAUGAUUUGUAUGUUUAAUUGUUAUGCUUUUUCAUUAUGCUACAAAUUUUCCAUUAUCUUUUAUUUUCAUUAACAAUUUAUUUUAGUCUAUACAAAAAAAAAAUAAACAAUCAUUUAUACCUGA